ACAGGGGCGCCAGGGCUGCCAGAGAUGGUCUCCUGCCUUAAAAGAAGACGGAGGAGGAGGAGGAGGAAGAAGAAGAAAAAGGGGGAAAGGCGAGCUCUGAGGGGGUUUCCUACGCGCGCGCGCGCCUUUUCCCUCAGCAGCGGGUGAGUGAGCGUGGCAGCGUUGUCUAGGCUGGGAAAAGGGCCGGGUAUCUUGACAGACACACACACACACACAGACAGAGAGAGAGAGAAGCGCGAGGCUGGAGGAAGCAGGCGAUGGAGAGGCGAAGGAGGCCGAGAGCGCCAAGCCAGUUUGCUUUCAGGUUUUCAGAAUGGGAGCUUGUGCAUAAUGCAGUGAGAAGAGAACAUGGAUGUUUUCAACCAAUAUAGGAAGAUAAUGGAUAUGCUUCCCUGAAAAAGCCAUAUAACCACCCACAAAGCAAGCAUGGCUUUUGCCCAGUCGCACAUUAUGACAGCUAGAAGGCAUCAGCACAGUCGACUCAUAAUUGAAGUUGAUGAGUACAGCUCCAACCCAACACAGGCGUUCACGUUCUACAACAUUAACCAGGGACGUUUCCAGCCCCCACAUGUGCAAAUGGUGGAUCCCAUUCCACAUGAUGCUCCCAAGCCUCCGGGAUAUACCCGUUUUGUCUGUGUAUCUGAUACUCACUCCAGAACAGAUCCAAUCCAAAUGCCAUAUGGAGAUGUUUUAAUACAUGCUGGUGAUUUCACUGAACUGGGACUCCCUAGUGAAGUUAAAAAAUUCAAUGAGUGGUUAGGCAGUCUACCAUAUGAAUACAAGGUUGUGAUAGCAGGCAAUCAUGAGCUGACAUUUGAUCAAGAGUUCAUGGCGGAUUUAAUCAAGCAGGACUUUUACUAUUUCCCAUCUGUAUCUAAACUGAAGCCAGAAAGCUAUGAAAAUGUACAGUCUCUCUUAACCAACUGCAUCUAUCUGCAAGAUUCAGAAGUGACAGUAAGGGGCUUCAGGAUAUAUGGCUCCCCGUGGCAACCUUGGUUUUAUGGCUGGGGCUUUAAUCUUCCACGAGGUCAAGCACUCUUAGAGAAAUGGAACCUAAUUCCAGAUGGAAUAGAUAUUCUAAUAACUCACGGACCACCUCUUGGUUUCUUAGACUGGGUUCCUAAGAAAAUGCAACGAGUGGGAUGUGUUGAGUUGUUAAACACAGUCCAGAGACGAAUACAACCGCGUCUUCAUGUUUUUGGACAUAUUCAUGAAGGUUAUGGAGUCAUGGCUGAUGGAACUACUACCUAUGUGAAUGCUUCUGUUUGUACAGUGAAUUACCAGCCACUCAACCCACCUAUAGUUAUUGAUUUACCGACUCCAAGGAACACAUGAUUAUUAAAGGACCCAGAGGUGAAUCCCACAACAUUAGCAGGGGCCUGCUGCUAGGCAACAUGAUUACUGGACCUGUCUUAAAUUAUGAAAAUAUUUUUUCUUCUUUCUUUAUGGACAAAAUGAAGAGGCAAGAAUGGACAGAUAGCAUAAGCGUUUGGUAUCACAGCCUCCUGGAAGUACUUUAAUGGAUCUUGCGAUAUAUGGCUUUGAAAUAACUUUUUAAUACAUAAAAAGGGUAUGCUUUCCACAUACAGAGAUACAUUGGUGCAUUUUGUACAUUCUGUAUGUUAUACUGAACGUACUAAAAAGACAUGACAAUUCAGCAAAAUGAUUGUUUAUGAAUGUUUCUAGUUUAAUUUGUGAAAUGUUAAAUAAUGGCAUCUGAUUACUUUAGAAAUGGCUUCACAGAUCAUAUGGGCAGAUUCAGUUGAAAAGAUAUGGUGGGUAUAGUACAGUACCUUAAACGUUUAAGUGGGGAAAGGAAGCAGAAUUCUUAUUCUACCGUCUUUCAAAUAAUCCGUUAAAAUAACUAGCAAUGUAUUAUUAUUUUAUUUCUUUUUGUUUUUGACAUUCAAAAGUAAGGUGAUACUUGGCUGCUUUCUAAAAUGCUGUAAACCGCAGAAACAUCAGAAAAAGGUUAAUUUAGAUUUUUUUUUGUCAUGUCAGGAGCGACUUGAGAAACUGCAAGUCGCUUCUGGUGUGAGAGAAUUGGCCGUCUGCAAGGACGUUGCCCAGGGGACGCCCGGAUGAUUUGAUGUUUUUAUCAUCCUUGUGGGAGGCUUCUCUCAUGUCCCUGUAUGAGGAGCUGGAGCUGAUAGAGGGAGCUCAUCCGCCUCUCCCCAGAUUCGAGAUUUAGAUGUAAACUCAGGAAUAUCACACACUCCUCCAAAUCCAAUUGUGUGUCCCAACUAGAACAGGUGGACUAUAUACAUGGGAUAGAUGCUGAUUUAACAUUUGGCAUUUGAUACAAUGGACUAACAAUUGUAUUUAACCCAAAGAAUUUUGCUGUAAAAUCUCAUUCUGUAACUUUACGAGUAAUACAGUUUUAUGGCAUAGGGUUUAUGUAUCAGUCAUGUCUUCAUUCCAGUUUCUCCAUUUUUAUCAUUCUUUGGCAGUGACACUGAACUCAUAACUUUAUUGAACAUAAACCAAUUUACGAGGGGUAUUUUUUAGGUAAGGUCCGUUGGAACAUAAGUACACAACAAAAGUUUAUUUCAAAAAAGUAAAUUUAUUUUCAGAAGGUACAUACUUCACUCUAUUUUUUGACAUAGUUGCCAAGUUUGUUCAAACACUUAUCAUACCUCUGAACAAAUUUUAAAAUACCCUCUUCAUGAAUCCUCGCUUCAACUGAAGCCACCAAAUUGUCUGUAAUCAAAGAAGGGUGACCGGAGCGGGUCCUCAUCAUGGACGUUGUCCCGACCAUCUUUGAAUUGUCGUACCCACUUACGCACUUUGCUUUCACUCAUAACAGUAUCACCGUACACUUCACAAAUCUGUCUAUGAAUUUCUGCAGCAGGCAGGUUCCUUGCUGACAAAAAUCAUAUCACUGAGCGAACCUCACAUGCGGUGUGUGAAUUGAUAGUCUUAAACAUUUUUAAAGCACAGAACAGAACCGUACAGGUUAGCUACAGAGCGGAAACUGAGCACAGUUGUUCCCGAGGCAUGCCGGUACACGACGCACGCGCUCGUUGCAGUAUGUGCGCGAACUACUAGUGUCUACAACAAAACGGACCUUACUUAAAAAAUACCCCUCGUAUGUUAUAUCUGGUGUUUUUUCAUUGGGGAGAGUCUCCUUUUUAUUACAUCGGAUAUAGCCCUCUGAUAAAUCAAACAUUGAAAUUCACUUGAAUAUGAUGUUGAAAGAAGGAAAAACUGAAAACAGCUGUUAUGUCCAUAAAGGGUAACUGUAUGAAUGUUUUAGAUUAGUUCCAGAGCAAAAUCUCUAGAUCUGUGCAAUCAUCUUUGCCACGUCGAAGACAGAUCUCAGACGCCAUGUCCACAUGCAACAAAGCUGGCAAAUGCACCUGCUCACCAUCUGUACUUCAAAGCUUUGGAGCUGUCCAGAUGAGCAGCUAAGAGGCAACAUAGGCAUGGAUUUUAACUGCAGAAUUUCAGGAUUUGGAGGCUCACAGUCAAAUGUGAGAGCUACAUGAAGAGAUAGACUUUGUUUAUGGUACUAAACAGCUGGUAAAUUCCACAACAUAAAGUAUUAGUUGAUUUUUCAGAAAAAAACCCCAUACAUUGUAAAGUUACCAUAUUUCAUCACAUAAUAGUUGCGCUCCUCUCUUCUUCCUCCAAGGUGAGGCAAUUUAAAAAAAUUAAAAUUGAGUUAUCUGGAAUUCAGAUCUUUCCUCGUUUCUCCAGAGAACUCAAUUCCAGGUUUUGUAAACUGCCUUGCAUUGGAAUAAGGAGAGAAGAGUGAAACUUCAGAAAUCUCCAUUUUAUAGGUUUUAAACUGCCUUGCCUUUGGGGAAAGAAGGAAAAAAAGUAAAAAAUCAACCUAAAUGGCUCUGUCACUAUUUUUAUUUAUUUAUUUAUUUCGAACAUUUCUACCCCGCCCUUCUGAACCCCUGGGGGGACUCAGGGCGGCUUACAAUUGGCAAUAAUUUAAUGCCACAUCAUAAAAUACAAAAUACAGAAUAACAAAUAACAAUUAACAUGAACAUUAAUAAAUAAAGAUUAAAACAAUAUACUUACACUCUGAUUAGCUAUUGCCUGUCUGGUGGCUGUUUAGCUAGCCAUCUACUAAUGAAUACUCCGCUUAACUUAUCCAAAUCCUCUUCCAUGCCAUAGUCAAACAUUAUUAAUUGUCCUUUAACUUGAUUGCCCGAAGGCCUGGUCCCACAGCCACGUUUUUACCUUUUUUCUAAAGGUGAGGAGGGAUGACGAUGAUCUAAUUUCCCCGGGGAGUAAAUUCCACAGGCGGGGGGGCCAACACCGAGAAGGCCCUGUCCCUCGUCCCCGCCAAGCAUGUUUGAGACAAAGGCGGGGCGUAGAACAGGGCCCCCCCAGAUGAUCUUAAACUCCGAGGUGGGACGUAGAAGGAGAUACGUUUGGACAAGUACGCUGGACCGAGCCGUAUAGGGUUUUAUAGGUCAAAACCAGCACUUUGAAUUGUGCUCGGAAUUGGAUCGGCAGCCAGUGGAGCUGGCACAACAGGGGGGUGGUAUGCUCCCUGUAUGACGCUCCGGUGAGUAAUCUAGCUGCCGCCCGUUGGACUAAUUGCAAUUUCUGAACAGUCUUC